AUGGCUGCUUCAUUUGAGCCCUCCCUCUCAACGAGUGGCAUGCGCCCUCCCCUCGCCUCGGCCGAUGCCCCCUCCAUGGCCGACUCGCUGCCCAGCAUCAAUUUUGGAUUCGAAGACCUACGCAAUCGCAUGGCGCAGUUUACCGCCAAGUUUGACGCUUUCAUUGAGCGAGGUCGCAAGCGGGUUCUGGAGGAGCGAAACCAAUUUCACAUCAAUCUCGCCGAGCUACAAGAGGAUGAGCGAAUGCGCCAGCGAGAUAUUGAAAUUACCAAUUUGAAGGUCCAGACCCACGAACAAACCCUUCAAAAGGAGGCCGCCGAGGCAGCUGAAAUGCACGCCGCGAUCUCCUCCAUCACCAUGGAGCGUGAUGCCCGACUCGCCAAGCGCGACCGCCUCAAGCAGCAGAUCGCAGAAACGCAAAAGGCGAUCAACCAGAAGUUGGAGGCACAAAAGACACAUGCAAAGCACCUGGAUGCGCAAUCUCGACUCAAUUUCCCCGAGUUGGAAUUUUGGCAGGAUUACCUUUGUUUACGGAUUGAGGGUGCUGGUCGUGAGGACCGAUUGAAGUUUGUUUACAGUCACCUACUGGAGAAAGAUUGGGAGUCAGAAGCCUGGUUUGAACUGGGCACUGCCAGUCGUGACUACGAGGUGUUCCACACGAAGCCCAGGGUAGAUAGGGACGCCUUGGAGCGUGAGGUGGAUUUGGUCAACGAUGACCGAGAUUUUGGAGCAUUCCUCAAGCGGAUGCGCAAGUUGUUUAUGGAGACGAUGAACUGA